CAACAUACAAAGGUCAUUUUGCCUUUUCGCUUUUUCUUCCUUUUUCCCACACAAUAUCGUUUCUCACUGGUUCAAAACUUGAGUCUUGAGCCAUGAAGUUGACCAUCCAGACGAAACCACCUGGGAGCUUUCUGUUCUUCCAACCACAAGGGCCAAGGUUAUUUCUGUCAUCGCAAUCAACUUUCACUGAUUCUGAGACUGGAAAUUAAAAAAAAAAAAAAAAGGAUCUCUGCUUCCCCAGAUGAAAAUAUCUGCUAACUCAGGGUUUGGAUAAAACAAAAAGGCAAGUUCGACUAGGAAAGGAAGAAAACUGAAGCAAGGGGUUUCCUUCAUUCACGAGCAGCAUAUUAUCUGCUUCACCGCCAUCUCCAACUUAUAAAAAGCUCAGCAAAAUCUCAAAUACUGACUUGGUGGGUGAAGCUUCACGGGCUGUGACCAUCUUUUUUCUCUUUCUUCACCCACCACCACCAUCCACCGCCACAUCGAUUGGUCCCAAUCGAGCCACGUCAAAGGCACCCCCUUCUCUCUGAGUUCGAUCUGACAGAGGUUUUUCUCUUUAUCUCCUGAGAUGAUGAGCUGAGAGAGUUUGGACGACUGAGGUUUUGAAUGGAUCGGUCGACGAUCACAGUUGGGCCGGGGAUGGAUAUGCCGAUUCUGCACGACAGUGACCGCUACGAGCUCGUGCGUGAUAUUGGGUCUGGAAAUUUUGGGGUCGCGAGGCUUAUGAGGGACAAGCAAACAGACGAGCUUGUUGCUGUGAAGUACAUAGAGAGGGGAGAUAAGAUAGAUGAAAAUGUGCAAAGGGAAAUCAUAAAUCACAGAUCACUUAGGCACCCCAAUAUUGUCAGGUUCAAGGAGGUCAUAUUGACACCAACACAUCUGGCUAUCGUGAUGGAGUAUGCUUCUGGAGGAGAGCUAUUUGAACGAAUAUGCAAUGCUGGGCGGUUCAGUGAGGAUGAGGCUCGUUUCUUUUUCCAACAACUAAUAUCGGGGGUUAGCUACUGUCAUGCAAUGCAAGUAUGCCAUCGGGACUUGAAGUUGGAGAACACUCUAUUGGAUGGUAGCCCAGCUCCUCGUUUGAAAAUAUGUGAUUUUGGGUACUCCAAGUCCUCUGUGCUACAUUCACAACCAAAAUCUACAGUUGGUACUCCAGCUUAUAUCGCUCCAGAAGUUUUGCUUAAGAAGGAGUACGAUGGCAAGAUUGCAGAUGUAUGGUCCUGUGGGGUGACUUUAUAUGUCAUGUUGGUGGGUGCAUAUCCUUUUGAGGACCCAGAGGAACCAAAAAAUUUCCGCAAGACGAUACAUAGGAUUUUGAAUGUUCAAUACUCAAUUCCCGACUAUGUUCAUAUAUCUCCUGAAUGCCAACAUCUCAUCUCAAGGAUCUUUGUUGCUGACCCUGCAAAGAGGAUAAGCAUCCCUGAGAUCAGAAACCAUGAAUGGUUUCUGAAAAACCUUCCAGCUGAUCUUAUGGAUGAUCCUAGUACAACGAACAACCAGUUUGAGGAGCCUGAUCAACCAAUGCAGAGCAUAGAGGAAAUCAUGCAAAUAAUUUCUGAAGCUACAAUUCCUGCAGCUGGGACUCAGUCUCUCAACAACUAUCUCACUGGAAGCUUAGAUAUUGAUGACGACAUGGAGGAGGACCUGGAGUCUGAUCCUGAUCUUGACGUCGAUAGCAGUGGAGAAAUAGUGUAUGCAAUUAAUCCUGAUUUUUAACUUCUGGUUGAGAAUGUUCAGAAAGCUAAGUGUGGAAAAUGUUCAGAAAGCUUUCCCUUCUUUAAAGAAGGAUCUCCAUGGUUGGGUCUCCCCUUGUAAAAGAGAGAAUCCAUGUACUUGAAUUUCCUCAUUGUGUGCUGAUGUUGGGGGUGGGCAUGUUUUCUCCUGUAUUAUUAUUACUUUAUGAAUUGAUGCUCCUCACUUUUUACGUGUUUAACCCUCCUGCUAUGGUUACGAUUAUUUAGUGUCAUUA